UUGAUUAUAUUCCACUAAUUUCAAUGGGGUUUCAGAUUUAUUUCCGAAUUAGAAAUCUGUACCAUUUUUCGCAAUUGUGAUCCCUAUACUCAAGUCUCAACGAACACGAGAAAAACAACCAAAUAGGCUUGCUUAGAAGACAGGCGACAGGAAGUUAGAAAUACCCACCGAGCCACCAACGAUGGUUGACUUGACAAUAUAGGAAAUUAGGAAGGCAUCAAGUUAGCAUCCUUGGCUCAUAGAGGGACAAAAAUGGCAGCAAUCACCCUCAAAUUCCUCAUAUUCAUUUUAAUGGCGGUAAUUAUUUCUGGGCAGCCCGACCCGACCUUAAGCCGAGUUAUAGAAGUCAAAGGCGGCCCUGACUCAGUAGUUUGGGUGGUUCAACUCUCUGAUCUUCACUUCAGUGUUCAUCAUCCCGAUAGAGCUCUUGAUUUCAAGACUUUUGUGGGUCCUUAUCUUUCCAUCAUUAACCCUUCCCUUAUUCUCAUUACUGGUGAUCUUACAGAUGGGAAGAGCAAAGAUCUAUUAACUAUGAAACAAAAUGAGCAAGAGUGGGUGGAAUACCGGGAUGUGAUGGAAGAUGUAAUCAAGAAGAGUGGGCUUGACAAGAGCAUCUUCUAUGAUCUUAGAGGCAAUCACGAUAAUUUUGGAGUGCCAUCCGUUGGUGGCACCUUCGAUUUUUUUUCCAACUACAGUCUGAAUACCCUUGCAGGAAGAAAUGGCCAUGUAAAUAGUGUCACACUUCAGACUGGAAUUAGAAGGCAUCUAUUUGUUGGGAUCGAUACCACCAUGGCUGUUGGCCUUAGAGGUCCAACCAAUCUAUUUGGGCAUCCAACUGAUCAACUAUUAGCUGAUUUGGAAUCUGAACUAUCAAAAUGGGAUGCUGAGCCAAAGAACAAAGUGACGAAGAUCUCAUUCGGGCAUUUUCCUCUUUCAUUCUCAGCGGCCUCCGAAACUGGAAGGACCCUGAAAGAUGUUUAUCUCAAGCAUUCGGUUUAUGCUUACCUAUGUGGACAUCUCCACUCAAGGUUUGGGAAGAACUUGAAACGGCACCACCGAUCAGGCAACGAAUUCAUGCAGCUAAAUAUGCAACGAUCCUCUGAGAAUGUUUCGAAUGGGUUAUCCCAAAUUCAGGAAUUCUGGGAGUGGGAGAUGGGUGACUGGAGGAAGAAUAGAUUUAUGCGCAUUUUGGCUGUCGAUAGAGGUCAUGCUUCUUUUGUCGACAUAAACUUGAAGUCGGAUGCUAAGAAAACUAUCAUCUUACCCACUUUUCCACUUGACUCGCGCUUUAUUUUAACUUCAUCUGAACUCAACGAAUUUAAGCAUCAAUUGAUGGACCCCUCACACUAUAUGACAAUAAGAGCCUUGGUCUUCUCGUCGUCUCCAAUCAUCUCAGUCGUGGCUCGAGUGUAUGACUCUCACCUCGGAAGACUUGUUCUGGUUUUGGAGCAACCCAUGACAAUGAUCAAGGAUGACUCCUCAAGAGGAGCUUUGUACGCUACAGCUUGGAAUUUCAAAGCAUUUGUGGACCCAUCUCCAGAUAGAUACUGGCUGCAGAUAGAAGCAAUCGACAGGGAAGGCAGAUCAAACUUAGCCGAGUUAAGACCAUUUUCAGUAAAUGGUAUUCCUAGCUCUCCGUCUUGGACAUGGAAAGAGUUUAUGGUCAUGGGUUGCCAAUGGGCUGCUUUGUAUUUCCCAAUACUCUGUUUUAUUCUUGGGUCCUUCCUGUUUAUUCUUCUUCUACCUCUCGCUCUACGAAUGUUUUCUAAGAAACACUUCACAUUGCAGAAUUUCAAUACCGAUAGAAGUUUUAUAAGUGGUUUUGGAUGGGUCUUGACGGAAUUUUACAAGCUCCGUUCAGUGUGGUUUGGUUUUCUAGGCUACUCGCUAUACCUUGUUCUAUUCCCUUGGUUUUCUGGUGAAAUAUUUACUGCUGGUGGUGAAAGGGGGUAUAUGACAUACCGGGGCUGGGUAGUGAAACAACCUGAGACGGGCAGGAAAUUGGAAUUCCUCGGAUUUCCUGAUAUAAUGGUAAUAGUUAUUCCUCAUCUGGUAUUCGUCGUUUUCCCUUCUCUUUUGGUUGCUAUUGGAUUCGCUGCAGAAAGUGAGAAGUAUCGAAUACACUUUUUAGCACUUGCAAGGAAAAAGGAGGAUGAUCUUCAUAAGGAGACUCCGAUAUCUAGACAGAAUAACCGUCAAAUUCAUAAAUCGUCGAAGUUUCUUAUAGGUACACGAUGGAUCAGAAAACUUCUUUUGGUAUUUUGUCUACUGAUCUUAUACAAGCAUUUUAAGAAUUGCAGAACGCUGGUGAAAGCUUAUGAGAUGAAUCCGGUGUUACAUUGCCCGGUUUACACUUUCUCGAUUCCUCUGUUACUCGCAUUUGCUGCCUGUAAAACCUGCAGAUGUUAGCAGUAUUAGCUUGCCACACCGAAAUCACCUUUUUUAUCACAUUUUGGAAAAAAUGGCUGACAGGAAGUUUUUACAUUAUCUGGCACAACACAGUCUUGUGAUGCAAAUCAUGGGUACUGGCCUGGAGGCGCUUGAUCGUAUAUGAUUGUUCAUUGAAGAAGUAUUCUGACUAGAAUUACUCAUCGGAAAGUUGGUUCAAAUGCUGCUAUAAAAACCGAUGAAACUGUCUGGUAUUUGGAUGCCCAAAUUUCCUGGAACAUUCAUGGAGUUAUUGUACUGCUUUUACUGAAGCAGUGAGGGAGCUUGAUAGUGAAUAUAAGAAAAUGUCAUUGAAUUUCCUUAAAGGAGAUUCCACAUUGUACUAGUAACUUGUAACUUAUUGCUAUGUGUUAAUUUGAUGUAAUAGUAUUUAUUUGAUACUCUCACCGUUUCCUUUUGUUUGUCUAUUUUAGAAUUUUUCACUUAGGAGAGAUACAUUUAAUUAAGGUUUUUAAGGGAUAUAUUAAUGAUAAAAUACAUUCAUAUUUGCUUUGAAA